AUGAUACACAAACUCGCGGCUUGCUUUUGGACAUGUCUGGCGCUUACUACGUUGACAUCUGCCCAGUUUAUACCAGACGCCAUUCCGGUCGCUGCUCGUUCUCCUUACCUCCUCACCUAUGUUCCGACCAUCACAGGCUCGCAGAAUUACUCCGAGUGGCAGAUUGGGUACAGCACGCAGACGCAAGCUUUAGUCGGUUUCAUCAUGGUUAACGGGACAACGUAUGCCUGGGCUGGUGACGUCAACAGCAUCGUGGCGGAGGAUACAAGCCUGAGACAGAAACUACUAAUCCCUGAUCUGAAGGGAGUCGCUCUUACCCCCACACGCUCGAUCUUCACAUACCAAGCUGGACCAGUGGAGGUGAACGUGACGUUCCUCAGUCCUAUCGAACCAGGUAACAUGACAAAGCAGUCAAUCCCCGCGGUCUAUGUUUCGUUGGACGUGCAGGCGACAGACGGGGCAUCGCACGACGUUCAAGUCUACACGGACAUAACUGCUGAAUGGGUCUCGGGAAACCAUUCCCAGGAAGUCAUUUGGUCUACAAAUACAACCGAUACCGCUAUCGUGUAUCACUCGGUCUAUGCCGCGAACCAAUUGCUAUAUCAGGAAGUCGGCGCUCAAUCGGCUUGGGGGGCUAUACAUUAUGCGGCAUCGAGAACAUCGAACGUGGCGUACCGAACGGGCAGCGACGUGUCUACGCGAGGGCAAUUCAUCAACACCACCACACUCAACAACACGCAGGAUAUACUGUAUCGUAAUAUAACCGACUCCUAUCCAGUCUUUGGCUUCGCCCACGAUCUCGGGGUUAUCGGCGAAACAGCGGGAAGUCUCGUCUGGGCUGUUGCGAACAUCCGCGACUCACCGAGUACGGGAAGUCACAUAUAUACGGACCUCUCGGGACAAGAGCAGACACGUAGUCUGUUUUAUCGAAGCCAAUAUACCGAUGACACCACCCUGCUCAGAGACUUCAUUGCGGACUUCCCUAAGGCCUUGAACCGCUCUCUGGUGUUAGACGAGAGAAUCAUGCAGGCUGCCAUGAGCGUUGGGGGUGCAAACUACUCAGAUAUCCUCUGUCUAGCGACUCGUCAAGCCUAUAGUGGCAUCGAGAUCACUGUCGGCCUCAAUGCCACGGAUGGUAGUGUUAAUGCGAGUGACGUCUUGGCGUUCUAUAAGGAUACUGGGAUACCGGACGAGCAUGGAAACACACAAGUCAAUCCGGUCGACGGACUACUCAGCGUCUUCCCUACUUUCUUGCAUCUAGACGCGGCACUGUGUGGUGUACUACUAGAACCUUUACUUCGAUUUCAGAGCAGCACAUUGUACAAUCUCAGCUAUGCUGCUCUCAAUCUAGGUACCCAAUACCCAUUUGCAAACGCUAGCUUAAGUGAACAUACGCAAACCAUCGAAUCCUCGUCUGGGAUGAUCAUCAUGGCAUACGGGCAUGCAAGGGCGGCCAAUGAUACCAGCAUCGUCAUGCGAUAUUACGAUCUAUUGAUAACUUGGGCCGACUUCCUGACUUCGAAUACACUCAAGCUGUCGGACCAAACAUCCACCGACAGCGAAGUCAACGUCGCUUUGAAGGGUAUUAUUGCUAUCCAGGCCAUGUCCAAGAUCAGCUCCAUGUUGAAGGACACUGCGAAUAGCAUCAUGUACUCAUCUCAAGUUGGGCAGCUAUAUUCACAAUGGGCAACGGCUGCACUGGCUCCCGACAACCAUCUACGCUUCUCCUUCAAUGAUACGGACGCGAGCUUCUCUCUCGGCUACAACAUAUUCUGGGACCUUGCACUGGGAACCGGGCUGCUGGAUCAGACUAUAAUCGCCGACCACAUGAGUGAUGCUUCUAUCAUCUCUGCGGACUGGAACAUGUUAGCGGCGGCCGUCGCAACCACCGAUAACCGAACGCAACGGGCUCUCAUUGACGCUACCCACGGUUGGGCUAACAUGUCGGCCUCUAGUGCGGGCGCGAGCGGGCAGUUCCCUCUCCGACUUUAUGCAGACAAUGGUACUGUAAUGACUGGCAAGUCGAGCCCUCGUCAAGGCGCAGCAUAUGCUCCUUUACUCGUCAGCGCCACAUCGUUCACGAAAGGACUCGGUAAUUCUCAUCGUGGAGUGACUGGAAGGACUGGUGUGCCAAAGGGCAUCAUCAUCGGCGCUACCCUUGGCGGAGCAUUCGGCCUUCUUUUGUUGGUGGGAUGGAUCUAUCUUGUGAGAAGACGUCGAUCAACUUCCGCCCGGGAGGUGGCCUUUCAGCCAGAGACACCCUUAACGCAAGAGAGUACUCUGCGAGCGCUAUCGAUCGCUCUUCCGCCAGAUAUCUCGCCAUUCAUGGAGGCGGAUCCCACCCGGCGUCCCUUGUCCCCAACCAGAGACUCGGAUGCCUUUGCCGACCCAUCAAGACCAGCGUCCGACGCAGGAUCAAAGAGGGCUAUCCGAUUGCGGCGAAUCCUGACCGAUACUCAGGGGUCUUCACCAGCAGCCGUACUCGACUCGUAUGCGGCCGUCGCUCACCAAUCCACUCCUCCAUCAACUCUUCCGGCCACGAACCAAGGGAUGUGGCACGCGAUCAACAGCCUACGCCGGGAGGUUUUCGCUUUGCGCAUGCAAGAUGCUGAUACCGUGUCUGCGCCGCCCGAAUACAGCCGCUGA